GACAAGUCCGCACUGAGAUAAAAUAGGUACAUAUUAAAAAUAAUUAAGAUGUGUUCUACGAGUCUCAUUCAAAAUAUAUACGACUGUUUUUGAUUUGUUCCUCUUAUGUCACUGUGCAGAGAUGUUUUUAGGAAAAGUAAUGUUUUGGAAUCUCCAUUUGGCGUAAUGAUAUUUAAAAGACUUCGUCUGAUCAAACCAAGAUGGCGGCGCCCAUGAAAAACUUCAACCGAGUGAACUCGUGAAAGUCAGGGAUAAAUUUCACAUCGAAAUACAGAUUUGCAUUCGAUGUAUCAUCUAGUUAUGUCGAGACGAAUAUUGUCUUCUUGUAUUCUUGUCCUUCAAGCUACAAAUCAAAGGCUAUGUUCUUCAAAUGGCGGACUUCACCCGAAGAUACCUCGUAAACCAACAUGGAAAGAAAUCAAUUCCACCAACCUGCCUAAGGAGCCAGUCAUUGAUGAGCAAACUAUCCAGCGUUUGGAGCGACUAGCUCUGGUGGACUUCAAUAAUGUGGCUGGAAUACAGAGACUAACUGAAGCUAUCAAAUUAGCGGACCAGAUUCAAAUGGUCGACACUACUGGUGUGGAACCAUUGGACUCAGUUCUUGAGGACAGGACUUUGUACCUAAGAGAAGAUGAAGUAACCGAGGGAAAUUGUGCCGAGGAAAUUCUUCAAAAUGCUGCCAAGACGUGUGAAGAAUACUUUGUCGCUCCACCAGGUAAUAUUCCGCUACCCCCGAAGCCUGUGGCCAGAUAUGAUGGACAUCAGUCUGACGAACAAGAUUGCUCAUGACACUGGCUGCACAUUGAUCUAGACGGAAGAGGAAAUUUGUUGGGAAUGGAGGGGGGGGGUAGAAAUGUGUGAUAUUCUAGAUGAUUGGAGCUGUAUAAAGUUAAAAAUGGGAAUUAAUAGUAAAAAUAUUAUUACACAUCACAAAAGCUUCAACUGUUUUUGGAUGUUUCAUAACUGUACGAUAUGCAGCUAAAGAUGAGAAAUUGAGCACAAUUUAAAAUUGAUAUUUUUGAAACCAAGUUGAAAACAUUUAAAACUACAUGCAUUACCUGAUCCUUGAUCUCACGGUAAGACAUCAAUAAAAUAAUUUGUUAAGAGGACUGCGUGAAAUUGUCUUGUGUUUUAGUUUGUUGCACAACUUGGGAUGUAGAUGUACACAUAUUUUUAAUAAGUGGACAAACAGUUUUCAGUUAAUAAAAAAAA